CCCGAGGCUGACGGCUGGAGGGCCGGCCGUCGCGGUGAGCUGUGGCUGGGAAUCCGGAAGGGGGUUUCGGGGCAGUUCGCCCGGCAGGAGGCAGAGAAGAAGGGGCUGCUCCUGAGGUCCUGCGUCCUGCUGUUCCCACGCACCUUAUCGUGAGGGUCACCCUAGGGUCCCUAUCACCCAACCCCAGGACCCCGCCCCUCCGCUGAAGGGUCCAGGACCCCAGUACUCGGCGGCCGCGGCCUCUCCUACGCCCUUGGUGGACUUUCUGAGAUCCUGAGUUUCGGUCCCGGCUCCUGCCUUUGGAGGAGACUCAGCUCCGGCUCCGCCAGGGCCCGUACAGGUGGUCUGCGACCCCGCGCCCACGACCAAGUCUUCCGAGUGCUCGGCCUGCCUUCAGGUCCCCCGCGGACCGGAACGUCGGGACCUCUCCAUCCACAAAGCCAGCGUCCUGAAGAUCACUCUGGGAAAAGGGAAGGAUGCCGCUCUUCUUCCGGAAGCGAAAACCCAGCGAGGAGUCUCGGAAACGCCUCGAGUACCAGAUGUGUCUGGCAAAAGAAGCCGGUGCAGAUGACAUUCUUGACAUCUCUAAAUGUGAGCUCUCCGAGAUUCCAUUUGGGGCUUUUGCAACAUGCAAAGUUCUACAGAAAAAGGUGUUGAUUGUCCAUACGAAUCACCUCACUUCCCUGCUUCCUAAAUCCUGCAGCCUCGUGAGUCUUGCAACCAUCAAGGUUCUGGAUCUCCACGAUAACCAGUUGACGGCUCUUCCUGAUGACAUAGGGCAGCUGACAGCCCUCCAGGUAUUGAAUGUGGAAAGGAAUCAACUGACAUACCUCCCACGUUCCAUUGGGAACCUGAGCCAGCUCCAGACCCUCAGUGUGAAAGACAACAGGCUGAAGGACCUUCCAGACACCUUGGGGGAACUCCGAAGCUUACGUACGCUUGACAUCAGUGAAAAUGAGAUUCAGAGAUUGCCCCAGAUGCUGGCUCAUGUGCGAACCCUGGAGACACUGAGCCUCGAUGCCUCAGCCAUGGUCUACCCACCACAGGAAGUGUGUGGCGCCGGCACUGCAGCUAUCCAGCAGUUCCUCUGCAAAGAAUCUGGGCUGGAAUACUACCCCCCUUCCCAGUACCUGCUGCCAGUUCUGGAACAAGAUGGAGCUGAGAACUCCCGGGACAACCCUGACGGGCCCACGGACAGGCUCUCCAGGGAGGAGGUGGAAUGGCAGAAUAGGUUCUCAGACUACGAGAAGAGGAAGGAACAGAAGAUGCUGGAGAAACUUGAGUUUGAGCGACGCCUAGAGCUCGGGCAGCGGGAGCACGCCCAGCUGCUUCAGCAGAGCAACAGUCAGAAGGAUGAGAUCCUUCAGACAGUCAAGGAGGAACAGUCCCGGCUGGAGCAGGGCCUAAGUGAGCGCCAGCGCUACCUGGACGCAGAGCGGCAGCAGCUGCUGGAACAGCUGAAACAGACGGAGCAGAACAUCUCCAACCGGAUCCAGAAACUCCUGCAGGAGAAUCAGAGGCAGAAGAAAAGUUCUGAGAUUUUGAAGUCACUGGAAAAUGAAAGAAUAAGAAUGGAACAGUUGAUGUCCAUAACCCAGGAGGAGACUGAGAACCUCCGGCGACGUGACAUUGCUUCCGCCAUGCAGCAGAUGCUGACCGAGAGCUGUAAGAACCGGCUCAUCCAGAUGGCCUACGAGACUCAGAGGCAGAACUUGGUCCAGCAGGCCUGUUCCAGCAUGGCUGAGAUGGAUGAGCGGUUCCAGCAGAUCCUGUCAUGGCAGCAGAUGGACCAGAACAAAGCCAUCAGCCAGAUCCUGCAGGAGAGUGCAAUGCAGAAGGCUGCGUUCGAGGCUCUGCAGGUGAAGAGGGACCGGAUGCAUCAGCAGAUCAGGAACCAGAUUAAGUUAAUAGAAACUGAGUUAUUGCAGCUGACACAGCUGGAAUUAAAGAGGAAAUCCCUGGACACAGAGACACUACAGGAGAGGAUCUCUGAGCAGCGCUGGGCCCUCAGCUCCCUGCUCCAGCAGCUGCUCAAAGAGAAGAAGCAGCGGGAGGAAGAGCUGCGGGACAUCCUGAUGGAGUUAGAAGCUAAAAGCGAAACCAAGCAGGAAAAUUACUGGUUGAUUCAGUAUCAGCGGCUUUUGAACCAGAAGCCCUUGUCCUUGAAGCUGCAGGAAGAAGGCAUGGAGCGCCAGCUGGUGGCCCUCCUGGUGGAGCUGUCGGCCGAGCACUACCUGCCCAUCUUCGCGCAUCACCGCAUCUCGCUGGACAUGCUGAGCAGGAUGAGCCCCAGGGACCUGGCCCAGGUGGGCGUCUCGGAGGCUGGCCUGCAGCAACAGAUCCUGAGGCGAGUCCAGGAACUGCUGGAUGUGGCCAGGAUGCAACCAGGCCCAGAUGAUCUUCCUCAACUGCGGCCACGUCUGCUGCUGCCAGCAGUGCUGCCAGCCGCUGCGCACCUGCCCGCUGUGCCGCCAGGAGAUCGCCCAGCGCCUCCGCAUCUACCACAGCAGCUGAGCGCAGCCCGCCCGCCCGCCGGGGCCAUCCCUCUGGCCCUGCCUCCACACUGCAGCCCGGGGCUCCUGCUCACCCCCACUCUAGCCAGACUAGUACGAGUCCCCCCAUCCUGGGCCCUUUCCUCCCAGCCUGGGAGCCCCCGCCCCCACCCCACCUUGAUCUCCAAGCACUUCUGGCCCAGGUCAGGGGGUGUCCUGAUCCAUGACCUAGCUGCUCUGAAUACUGUGGACAAGAGAGGGGGUGGCUCUGCUGGUGCUGGGGUCCCUCGUGGCCUGGUGACACAAUCUGGGGUAUGGAGAGGUGGCUAUGCCACCACCAGAGCUCAGGCAGGGAUGAGCAUCCCGGCCAAGUCAUGGUUCUCCUGCUUCCUAGCUAUCUGACUGUGGGCAGAUCACUGCCCCUCCAGGAGCAUGGCGUCCUCGUGUGUGAACACACACAGUGCCCUCCCCCUCGGCGGGGUGGUGGGCAAGACUGGCCGAGGGUGAGAGGAGGCCACGGGCGGAGCUGGUGUGUAGGGGCCACAAGCUGUCGUGGGCUUGGAAGUGCAGACUGUGCCCACAAGCAGCGCCAGCCUCCCUGGCCCCGCUCUCUGCUGCUCCCCUGGCACUCUGGGCCCCUCCUGCUCCACAUCCGCACCGCCUCACCCCACACAGCUGGACCCAAAGCAGGAAUAUCAAUAAACCCGUCUGUAGCCUGCUC